UGGUAUUAACCGGAGUUGCCAAUUGUAUUAAAACCAUUAGUUGGAAGUUAUUACUAAGGGUACUAUUUAAGUGCGUCAUAAUUCAUUGAAGCAAAAAUCGCAAGGAUAUGAGUCGCAUUGCACCUUGUUACGUCGAGUAUUAGUUCUAAAAACUGAAGAGCGUGUUGCAUACAAGUUGUAGUUUUUAUCUUGUGUGGCAUCGAUAAAAACGUUAAUAUUAUAAAAAUGAAAUGUUUUUGCUGCGUGCUGCUUCUUCUAGCGACGGGAAAGUGUCAGAAACCAACUUACUACAUCGAAUCAGAUGACAAACCACCUAGAAGAUUUGAAGCGAUUAGACGAACAGUAAUCAGAUUAACAAACAAAGGAGACCAAUUUUUUGUUCAUCCCGGCCUGACGAAAGAGGAUGAUACGUUUUCGUUUGAAUCUGUAAAAACGCCAGGAGAAUAUCUUGGUGUGACAAAAAGACAAAGAUUGGCCAUGUUCGAAUUUGAUAACAAUCCAACAUCUAAACAAAAGAAGUCUGCUACAUUCAAGGCAAACCCCGAAAACAAAAAUCCGCACAAGGAAUACGUCAAUUUUGAAUCAAUUAUGAGUCGUGGGACAUACGUCGGUAAUUUCGGAGAUCGACUACUCUUAGUUCACGAAUGGUGGCUGGACAACGAAAAAGUAACGACCAGCUUUAUUCUAAAACGUGCUGAUGGAGAGGAUGAAGAACCGCCAACAAAAAUACCAAUCGAUUGGUCCCAAUGUUCUCGAUCCUGCGGUGGAGGAACUAGAUCAGCAACAGAUCCUAAUUGCGACAAAACUGACCUAAAGAACUGCCAUAAAAUUUUUGAAGAGUGCAAUACUGAUCCUUGUUCUGAAAUAUCCACUUGUCCAACGCAAUACAACUUCCGGUACAUGGAUAAAACGUCUUGCUGUAAAAAGUCAGGUGCAGAAUCUUGUGGAGCAAAUGGGCAAGAUAUAACCCCGAGAAUUAUAGGAGGUUAUAAAGCAGAAAGUAAUCGAUGGCCGUGGAUGACUCUAGUUGAUGUAGAAGAAAGAAACGGAGUGUAUUCGUGUGGAGGAACAUUGAUCAGCAGAGAAUGGGUUGUGACUGCAGGCCAUUGCUUGAGAAAUUCUGAUGGGAGUAACAUGCUACUAACUUUUGGAACGAACAACAUCAAAAACCAGUCGCCCGAUACACAGAAAUCCGGAGUUCAAAAAGUCAUUUUGCAUCCGGCUUACGAGUUUCCCAAAAACGAUCUGGUUCUGCUUCAGUUGAAGAAACCUAUAACAAUUACUCUUGCUGUUGCACCUUUGUGUCUGCCAAGAGGAGAAAAACUGGAAGUCGAUGCCAAAUGCUACGCAGUUGGUUGGGGAGUAGCGAGUGUAGAAAAUAUUAGAAUGCGGAUGGGCUCAGAUGAAUUGAUGGAAGUCGGUUUGAAGAAUUUACCAAUGGGAUUUUGUCAUGAGAAAUAUAAGGGAACUGGUUACGAGCAAUAUUUAACAAAAGAAACUCUUUGCGGUGGAUUGAUAAAAGGGAAAGCUGAUACCUGUUUGGGUGAUAGUGGGGGACCUCUGAUGUGUCAGAGAUGUUCGUCAUGUUCUUGGUAUUUGGCGGGUGUUACUUCCUUUGGACCAGAAGAUUGCGGUCAAAACAUUGCACCAGGAGUGUUCACAAAUGUAGUCGAGUACGAAAACUGGAUUGAAAGUCAUAUUAAAAGCGGAAAUGACACGACGACGUUUGCCAAGUGCAAAUUGUAGAGAUUAUUUUAAUAAAAUGGGAAAAUAGAUUUCAAUGUUCUACAUCAAUCUUAUUUUUUGCAUUGUUGUGAUCACAUUUCCCAAUGAUAUGAACGUUCUUGCAUUAAAAGGAAUGAAUAAUCUUU